UUUGGCCGCCUUGGAGAGGAGGGUUACGAGUUCAUCGAUGAACUUGCGACACAUGCCGUGGGAGGAAGGGACGGAGGAACGAUGGCUCUGAAAGGAGUCUUCAAGGAACGACUUCUUCAGAUCGUUUCGGUGGCUACACAGGUGGCCAUAUCUCGGCGAGUGCAGAGGUACAAGCUCGCAUUGCGCGGGCGUCAAGACGCCGAAAACAGGCGAACAAGAUCGACCUCGGACCAGUCAACGCCAAUGAUAUGGGGAUGGAGUGUAGACGCAUCGUAGAACGCGUUUUCGUUUGAAGUUGACGUCUUGUUUGAGAGUAGAUGUGACAGAUUUGCGUAGAAUAGGGUAAGAUGUUAUCAUGAACGGAGAUGAAAGGGCUUUUCCAACACGGAGAUGUAGCAUGGAUCAAAGCAUUUGUUGGAUUUCAGCUUUUACAAGCGGACAUCAACGCAGUAGUCUAGUAUUUUAGCAAGCUUACGAACGCAUAUAGGAUACCAUCAGGAUUGUCAUUGGUAAGUUGAAGAGGAGAUACUUUUACGAUGUAAAUGACAGUAGAAAUAAGUCCUACGUAUGUUGUUGUACUUCGUAUUGGUUUAAUAUUCAUGUAGAG